AUGUAUUCGUCACAAAAUCAAUCUAAAGCGUGGCGAUUCUUCGAAAAACAAAGAAACGGACAAACUGUGACCUGUAAACUGUGCGGAAGGAGCAUAAAGUUCCAUUCUUCGACCACAACGAUGCAUCAGCACUUAAACAGUCACCACGAAAAAGAAGUUGAAAAAAUGGAAAGAUCGAGCUAUGUGUUCUUCGACUGUGCCUUUCCGAUUCCUCAAAAACAAACAUUUUCGAGAGUUCGAAAGCUUAAUCCAGAUCAUCAAAUUCUGACGCCUGAUUCUCUUAGAAAAAAAUUAGCAGACAAGGAAAAGGAAUAUGUGGAAAUUAGUAAAAAGUCGAUGAAAAAUGCUGAGAAGGUCUGGAUUUCUGUAGAUGGAUGGAGCGCAAAAUACAUGGAUAGUACUCUCUAUGCCGUUUUUGUGUUUUAUGUUGAGAAUUUCGAGCGAAAGUCGAAGCUUCUGGGAAUCGAGCCUAUCAGCGCUCUGCAACGGCAGCUAAUGUCGGCAGGCUUGUUGUUGAUUUACUUCACAAAUUUGGCAUAA